GUGUAUACAUUGCUACUAGAUGGAGGAAAAACAGAAGAGGGAUACUGGAGGAGGGAGCAUGCCAACUAAUAGUUCCAAGUAGUCUGACAUCAUAAUUUCCUUUCUCCUUUCCUUAAGAGAGUCAGAGACAGACAGAGAACAGUAGAAGAAGGUAGGCUACUGGAGCAGUGCAGUGUAUCUGGACAUUUUACAUCUGGACUUCCUGAGGAAGAAUGGAUCUUUUGCCUACAAGCGACUCUGCUAAUUUCAGCACAGCGACUACAUUUGGAGACCAAAACAACACCACGGACGAGUGUCCUCCAGCAGAAUUCAAAGAUUGGCAGUCAACUGUGGUCCCGGCGUAUAUGCUGCUGAUCAGUGUGCUGGGAAUCGGGAUGAAUGGGUUUGUCCUGAUGGUUUUCUGCCUUCAUAAGAAGGCCUGCACCGUGGCUGAGAUCUACUUGAGCAACCUGGCUGCUGCUGACUUUUUCUUAAUGGUGUGGUUGCCAUUGUGGGCUGCAUAUGCAAUCAACAGAUACGACUGGCCCUUUUCACAUUACCUGUGCUCACUGUUCUCCCUUCCCAUCAACAUGAACGCCUACUGCAGCAUCUACUUCCUCGUUCUGAUUAGCAUAGAUCGCUAUAUUGCACUGGUGCACCCGCUGUCCCAUAAAGGAAUAAGUAGGACAAAAUUUGCCAAACUGGGCUGUCUGCUUGUGUGGGGUUUCGGCUUGCUCCUGAGCAUCCCCACACUCAUUUACAGGAAAGUGUCCUACUUCCCUCAAUAUAAUAGAAGUCUAUGCUUUCUUAAUUAUAGCGAUAUCAAGGAAGAGUUCCUGUUUGAAGGAAUACAGAAUACAUUCGGCUUUAUCAUACCCAUUUGCAUCAUUUCCUACUGCACUCUCAUUAUUAUUCACUCUCUGAAUAACCAGUUAAUUGAGAGGUCAAACAGCCAGAAAACAGAGCAGAAGGCCACCACUCUGGUGCUGGUGGUCCUCUUGGCGUUUGUGAUUUGCUGGGUGCCACACCACGUGGUAAAGAUACUGGAAACACUCAGAAGAGCUGAUGUCCUGAGAAGAUGUAGCAUCAUCGCCAACCUACAGAUCUGCCGCGCAAUCUCCAUGUACUUAGCUUUCUUCAACAGUGUUCUUAACCCCAUCCUCUAUGUCAUUGUAGGAAAGAAUUUCAGGGGAAAAGUCAGGGGUCUCUUCAAGCAAUGGAGCAUUAACAGAACAAUGACUGUCCGCACCACCUCCACAGACUCAAACCUGUUGAGAAGUGUUAAAACUGAAGUAAACUCAAUCUGAUCUGCAGGAUUGUUUUAAUGAGUUUUUUUGUUUUACAAUUUCACAUAAUGAAAUUGUCACAUAAUGAAAUUGUCACAUAAUGAAAUUGUUAGUCAUUUUCACAAAAGUAAGAUAAGAAAACUAUUUGAAGUAAUACUUAUGUAAUCUGAAUUCACAUUAAAUAAGACCCUGAUCAA